AUGAAUUUUGGAGGUACAUUAAGAGUAAACAAAUUCGCGUGUUUUACUUUAGUGUUCGUGUUAUUCUUGAUCAUUUAUUGGCGAUCUGGUGGAAAUGGUUACCCGACUGAUGUGAGUGAUCUUGUGAGUAUAAAGUCACUAUUAAAUGCUGCAAUAUAUGCUGCCGAACGUGGUGGUGUGAAAGUGAUAGAAGGUAAAAAUAAAGGAUUGAAAGUGCAUAGCAAAGGAAAAACUAAAGAAGGUGCAAACGAUCCUGUAACAGAUGCAGACUAUGCAUCACAUUGUGCCAUGUAUUAUACUAUUAAAAAUGCAUUUCCUAAAUUAGCUAUUGUGUCUGAGGAGCAUUCUGAUGGAAACUCAGACUGCCAGAAUCAAGAUCCAAUAGAUUUGGAAUCAACACCACAAGGGCAGAGAAUCCUUAAUUCUAUUAAUGAUGAACAUGUUCUUGCUAAAGAUGUGACAGUUUGGAUUGAUCCUUUGGAUGCAACACAAGAAUAUACAGAGGGUUUAUAUUCCUAUGUCACAACUAUGGUCUGUGUUGCCAUCAAUGGUGUACCAAUUGUUGGAGUGAUCCAUUAUCCUUUCCCACCAACCACUUAUUGGGGCUGGCUUAUGAAAAGGACCUCUAGUAAUAUACCAAAGAUUUUAUAUAAAGGGGAUAAUAAAAACCAUCCAAAAGUUAUUGUUUCCCGGUCACAUCCAGGAAAAGUUGCAGAAAUAGCAAAAAAUGCAUUUGGAGAGGAAACAGUUAUUACAAAAUCAGCAGGAGCUGGAAAUAAAUUUAUUAGUAUUAUGAAUGGCACAAAUGAUGUCUAUUUACAUGAAACUGCAAUUAAAAAGUGGGAUUUAUGUGCUGGUCAUGCAAUUCUAAAGACCAAUAAUGGAACUAUGACCACAACUAAAGGCGAGACCAUUGACUAUUCAAGUGGUAGUAAUGUUGUAGUCUCGGAUGGUAUAUUAGCUACUUUGUAUGACCAUCAAUUUUAUUUAAAUAAACUAAAAAAUGCUAUUUAA